GAGGCCCGCGCUGUCCUGGACGAAAUGGCGAAGAACUUGCUCGACGACCCCAGCAUGCAGGCCCCGGCUCAGCUCCAAUCUCCACCGGCAGAGGUUCUGAGGACAUUGAUGGCCGGGAAUGAGGCUGGUCAGGCGAUUGGCAAGGGCAACUCCUCUGAGGUCCAUGCCUGCCAGUCCGAGCCUCGCUAUGUCAUCCGCACCGUGCGUCAGCAGGAUGAAGUCGAAUGGCAGCGAGAACUUUCAAGACUGAAAAGAGUGCCUGCCCUCUCUGUCAUCACUACAAUCUUCGCCACGAGUGGACGCCGUUCUCUUAUGCCAAGGCUCUGGCCGGUCCCUCGAAAUGCCCUUCGGACCAUGGAAGUCAUCAGGCUCAAGUAUGGCAUCAGCGCGGCCCUGGAGAUGCUACAUCGAGCUCACAUUGUGCAUGCGGACGUUCAUGCGGAUAACGUAAUGCUCAGGGCGGACCCGGCUUGCNNUGCACCGGAGACUCGGUCUACCCACUUCACCUUGGCUACGGAGCCUCGGGCUACGGCGGAGACCGCACAUGGAGACUACUAUCGUCUGGCUCGCACCAUCCUCAAGCAGCUCUACAUUGGCCCGGAGCCAUCCAAGAGGAAGCACUCGGACAAGGACUCCUCCCUGCCCUCACACCUGGACAAGGAGCUUCGCACAUGGCUGGCAAGAGACCAAUGGCCUCGUCCACCUGGCCCCACGACUCCGUUCCCUCCGGGGUCUUGGCAAGACUCUGCGAUCUCCCCUUCUAUCAUUCUGCAUGCUUCACUUUGGAAGGCAAAUGGCGAGGUCAAGUACGACACGGCGACCUUCACCUCACCGGCUUCCAAGUUUGGCAACUCCAACGGCGCCCUGGUACCAGAAGGAGUGGCAAGUGAAGGGACGCAGGGCACGGGCAGCUGGGAGAAAUCGGCCAUCUCGGCGAGAUUCUUUCUGAAAUGUCAGUUGCGAACCUGUGGCCGCUUUGCCCGCACUAUCUACCAGGAGAUCUUUCCCUGGCAGGCCUACUCCAACCAGGAAGCAUCUCCUUCGGGGAUUCCAGACAGAGGUGAAAUUCACAGCCAAGAAGCUCCUCCACUUGGGGCACAAGCUCUCUUCUCGACUCCGGUGCAGAGCGCUAUUCGCAAUGCUGCUGCCAGCCUUAGCGCGGCAGUCAGUUUUGCCCAGGAUAUGGAGCAGUCGAUGCCUCCACAAACACACAGCGCUCUGGCACAAUCCCUUCGGGCCACUUCGGACAUUCUGCGGGAGGUAUCCGAGGAGCUCAUUAUGGCUGCUCGCAAUGAAUCCUCCUCGACAGCACCGGGCUCGGCGGCCGAGGCUGAAGACCCGUCAAUGGCGCAGGCCUCCACGCAGGCUUUGCCCACACACGGCGCAGCCUUUUCUCUCCGGGGUCCUAGUGCCAGUCUAAGUGGCGCGGUCAUUGAUCUGGACCAGCACUCUGCUCCAACGGCGGCUCGGCCAGCAGCACCCAACGCGGAGACUUGGUCUAACAAGAGAAGACGACAAGAAGAGCCAGGGCCCCGCUCGGCUCACAUGUCUCAGUCUCCAACUGAGCUGGACAAGCAACGCCAGGAAUCUGUUGCAACGGCGCUGCAACUCUAUGCCAAUCCGCAGGAGGCUGGCAUCAAGCUCCUACUACCUCCUUACAUGGACAUCACCGACAACCCCUUCACUCAUUGCCCUACAGAAAAUAUGGCCACGUGCUGCCUGCACUCAAAGUGGGCCCCGUUCGGAGUAUUUGGUCAGCUACUUGAUGGUCUUCCAUCUAUGCAGGACUCGAGGCACUCCUCUCCCAGCAUCGAUCAGCCGUCGGACUAUAAAAGCAUCUUCUUCGGGGCUUAUUCGCAGGGUCCGCUGGUCGGUCUUCGAGCUCAGACGAGGAGAUACCCUAUGGUCAGUCGCCUAUUGAACGCCGUGAUCUACACACUGUGUGGAGUGUACAGCCACUUCCUGGCCAGGAACCGCGCCAUGGGACUUCACUCGGACCCUCACAAUCACAAGGACGUGCCGAACGUCUUGAUCCCCCUCUCGGUCUUCUCUGGCGGCCAACUCUUCGUGGAAGCUGAGGAGGGAGACGUAUGCUUAGACACGCAGAACAACAUCAGGGGACACAUGCAUCCCAUCACUCUCCCCUUUUUGGCGUUUGAUGCCCAAAAGCGGCAUUCCAUUCUUCCAUGGUCAGGCUGCCGCCUGAUUCUGGGUUCAUUUCAUAUCAGCGGCGCAGAGAAGCUUCCGCUGGGCACGCGUAACAUUCUUCGUUCAUUAGGCUAUCCUCUUCAUAAGGACGGCCAGGUCAGCUUGGAGGAAGCGAUACCCACUACGCCCCCGGCUUGA